AUGAACCUAGACCGGUACACACGAAACAGGAAUCGACUGGGUCAUCAUUACAAAAAGGAUGACUUUGUGACAACCCAUGGUACACGUUUUAGUGAUGACUUCAAACUUAAUUCCAAUGAUGAUUCAAAGAUAGAUGGUGAAACUGAUGGCAUGACAAAUAACACCAACAGUUGUUCCAAUUUGCACCAAUUAUUUAUUGGAAAUUUGACUUGGUGGACAACAGAUCAAGAUAUAAUGGGCUCUAUAAUCGACGCUGGAGUGAAUGAUUUCGUUGAUAUUCAAUUUUUUGAAAAUCGAGAAAAUGGCCAAUCAAAAGGUUUUUGUACUGUUACAUUAAAAUCAGAGAAAAGUGUAAAUCGAAUUUUAAAUAAAUUACCAAAUGAACUUAUUCAUGGACGAAAACCUAUUGUUACAUUACCAUCAUUAAGAGCAUAUUUCAUGUUUGAAUCGAAAUUUGAAACUCGACUUAAUACAUCUUCUAAUGGGGAUAUUACUAGAAUUUAUGGCUAUAAAUCAAUACAAAAUCCAUCACAAAGUGUGUAUUAUAAUACAAGAAUGCCACUAAUGUCUAGCUAUGUACAAACCCACCACCAGCAUCCACGAACCUCGGGUUAUGAAAACCAAUGGAACAGAUCAUAUAAACAAAAUAUGGGUGGAUAUUUUGUUACUCCAGAAUAAAGUCUAUUAAGAGGUGGAAGUUCACUU